AUGUCGUCGCUUAUGAACUGGGACGGAUCCCAGCGCGGCGAGGAGGAUAAGGAUAAUGAGGAGAAGAGAGUGCCUUCAAGAGCGCAGGACGCGUCUGAUUUGGCGCACGGUUCGGGCGCUGGAUCAAGUUCAACAACGAAUGUUUUCGGUAAUGGUGCUCGUACUACACCAACUCCAACCGCCCGCGCGUCCGACUCGACGCUGAACGGCGCGCUGAGCCCAUCGCGUAUCUCAAAGCGCUAUUCUUCGUAUUCGAGCAGCAUUGCUUUUGGUUCUGCGUACUCUCUCAAGACUCCGGUCGUACAAGGAGGCAAAGGAGAACGGUCGGAUGGGCCACAGGCGCAGACGCGGGAUGGGGUGCCACAGAGUGGCGAUGGGCCUUCGGUACCGCAGACGCCGGCUACGCGAGCACCUGACUCGUCCGCCGAAGUUCACGCCGCGUCGACGUCGAUCAACAUCUCAGUCAACACUCAACCCGCCGCCACCGGCCCGACAUCACCGCCAGAACGCCAAUCGCCUCCGCCGUCGCACCCCAGCCCAUCACGUACACCUCUGGGGUAUAUGGAGGUCGACGAGGACGGCGAAGGGUCGCCUGAUGUGCCGGAUGCGACUCUGCCUAAGCCGAGUACGAGGACGGGCGCGGAUGGCGAGGGGGUGGAAGCUGAGAUGGCUGUCGACGUCGACGACGACAUGAGCGACCUCAAAUACCCAAGCGGCGACAGCUCGCCCGCCGGCGGCUCCCAAGCCGACAUCGAAAUGCAACACACGCCCGAGCCCGCCAGAUUGCCCUCGCCCGCAUCCCGCCCACUCCUAUCUCUGAACGGAAAACCUAACAUCCUGCCCGACACGCCUCCCCCGCCUUCCUCGCGCUCUCACUCUCACGAGGCGCUCGCGCGCCCGACGUCGCCUACGCUCGGUAUCUUCGGCUCCACGGCCCGCUCGCCCUCGCCGCCGCCGCGCAAAAAAGAGCCCCUCUUCCUCUCGCCCACGCCCUCGGACGAGCUCUCCCAGUCGUCUCCCAAAGCUGCGCCUCCGACGUCGAGCGCGUGGAGGGUGUCGUCGGACGAGGAGGAGGUCGAGGUCGUCGAGCAUCCCGUGCCGCGUGUGGAUAAAGGCAAGGGGAGGGCGGACGUAAAGGGCAAGGGCAAGAUAGAUGUAAAGGGCAAAGGCAAAGAGCGCGAGUGGGUCAAAGCGCCGGCCAUAGCGAAGAAACCGCUCAUCGGCGGGAAAAAGCCCGGUCCCGCUCCUAGUCCCGCGCCCCGCCCUUCGUCGUCCGCUGUAGAGGAAGAGGUAUUCAAGGAGGGGCCGCCGCGGAAGAAGAAGAAGGUCGUGCGGAGGGUGAUCGAGUCGGACGAUGAUGUCGAGGGCAGGGUUGUGGCGGUGACGGUGGUGAAGAAGCCGCGUAUCGGCGCGUCGGCGGCGGCGAAAGGCAAAGCGCCCGCCACUUCAACCUCCACCACUUCAAAACCGAAGUCGAAGCUCCCCCUCGCGAAGACCAAGCCCAAGCCGAAGCCCACGGUGGGACCUAAGAGCAAAAUCACGUCCUCCGACACGAUCAGCAUUACCGACUCUUCAGCUGACGACGCGCCUGCACCUACACCCGUUCGUCGAAAAGCACUUCGAGCGGCACAACCGCAGGAGGAGGAGGAGGAGUCUGAUGAUGAUGCGCCUGUUCGGCGUCGGGAGGCUGUGAAACGCCCGCUGCUUGAGGAUAGCGAUGAUGAGGACGACGUGCCCGCACGUUCGAAGCACGCUCGAGCACCACGAUCAGAGGAGGAGGAGGAGGAGGUGCCUCCUCGCCGAAAGCCCGCUCGAGCACUACAGUCAGAGGAUGACUCCGACGCUCCUCCUCGCCGGCACAAACAUCUCAAACGGCCUCCACCACCGUCUUCCAUCUCAGACGACUCAGACGCCGAACCUCCCUAUGCACCCCGUUCAAAGUCUGCUCACGGCUCCCGCUCAAACCCAAAGCCCAAAUCGCAAGCCGACUCCGACAUCGAAGUCGUCGACGAUAGCGACGCGUACUCGGUGGUGCCGGAUGGUGCGGGAAACAGGAAGAUGGAGGUGCUGGUCCCGAGAAUGCCCGAGGAGUUGAGGGCGUUGGUUGAGAGGGAGCGGACGCGGAAGGCUGCUGCUACUCUGGCGUCUUCGGUGCUGGCGUCUUUGGUGGAUGAGGACGAGGUGGCUGGUACAGCCGGGCCUGAAGCCGUAUCCAAAGCAUCGUCGAGCUUCAGCAAACCACGUCCUCGUCCGGUUGUCCACAAACAUGCUGAAGCAGACGCGAACAAGCCCGCUGUACCUGAGGCUUCGUCGAGUAAACCGCGCCCUCGGCCCGUCGUCCACAAACCCGUCUCGACCAACAAGCCCACGUCCUCCGCCCUCAAGCCCACCGUAUCAAACGCCUCAAAGCCCACCGCUUCAAGCUCGACCUCCAAACCCACACCGCAACCCAUGGACAACAGCACGCAAAUGGGCCUCGCAGAACUCAUGAACGCUGCGUGGGCCGCUAACGCGCACGUCGAGAGCGACUCAGAGAGCGAGGACGAUGUUCCCCUCCAGUCUCUUCACAAAUCAAAGGGCAAAGACCGCGCGCACGAGAAGGGGAGGUCGGCCUUUGUGGGCGAGCAGAAGGAGAGGGGUACAAGUGGUGCGAGUGCGCCGCCGGUCGUCGCGAAAAAACCGCGUAUUGGUUCUUCUGCGCCUUCUACCUCGACUUCGGCUAUGCCACCGCGCACCUCAACCUCACGCAUGCCACCGCCGCCUGCACCCGCAUCGCGCAUGCCACCGCCCCCUCUCCCCUCCGCAUCCGCCCCGGCACCCUCCCGCCGCACCAAAGCCAAAACAGGCGAACCCAACGACCCGCCCUGCAACGCCUGCGCCGCCCUCGGCAUCUCCGAAUGCGUCAACGCGCCGUAUCCGAGCCAUAGGAAGUGCACGAGGUGUCAGGAAUUGGGGCAGAUCUGUAGUUAUGCGGGGAGGGGAAGGGCGGGGAGUGUUGUUUCGAGUCGGGCGGGGAGUGUUGCGCCUAGUCGGGCGGGGAGUGUUGCUCCUGGGAGGGCGGGAAGUGUGGCGCGCGGGAGAGAGAGCAGUGUCGCUCCCAGUCGCGUAGGCAGUGUGGCACGCGGGCGCGAGGGCAGCGUGGCGCGCGGCCGAGCAAUGAGCAAAGCGCCUGCUCGCGCGAGCAGCGUUGUGUCUAGCCGUAUGGGCUCUGUCGCGCCACAGCCGAAACGCACGAAGAAGCGCCCGCACGAUGGAGCCGAGAGCGCGCCGAAGAAGAGGAAGACAGGCGGAUAUGUCGAGGAGGCUUUGUCUGCGCCUGGUCGGCUGGGCUCGAAGGGUCAUGCACAUGCGAAUGCGGUCGCUGGGUCGUCGAAGGCGAAGGGUGCUCAGGCUGGACCGUCGAGGAACGCUCGAGCUGGUCCCUCGAAGUCGCGGCAGACGGCGGGUUCCGUCAUCUCUUUGACCGACUCGAACGAAGGACGCGACAGCCUCUUCACCGAGGACGAGGCAGACCACAAGGUCAACGUUGGCGACGCCUUUGAAAUUGACUACGAUAUACCACCCGGCGCCGUGGCCAUCACCAUCACUGGCUCGCUGGAGCGCGCGCCCGAGGGAAGUCUACAGCAUCCUCGGCGGGCACAGCGGAUAUUGAGUUACUUGGACGUUACCAAGGACGAGAGUAGCCGCUGGACGCGCGUGUAUGAUCCGAAGGUCAAGGAGGGGGUGCUUGAUGCGAAGUACGGGGAUGAGGAGGAUCGGAGGGGCGGGGAUGGAUGGGGUGGAGGUGAAGGAGGUGGAGGUGAAGGUGGGAAGGGAGAUGGGCCUGGAGGCGGAUCUAGGAGAGGGAACGGGAAACAGAGGGAUGGUCAGGGCCGGCCGGACGGAGGAAAGGGCAAGGGCAAGCAGCGGGCAGAUGGACGACAGCAGGGCGGCGAUAGCAAACAGGCGCGAGAUGCAUCGGGUUCAGCGCCUCCGCGUACUCAAGACGCGAGUGCGAAGCGAAAGCCAGGCCCAAGGCCCAAGCCGCGGGCUAUUGCACUUCACCCCGGCCCCAGCACUCCUACGCCUACAUCGCAUCAGCCAGGACCCUCGAGUGUCACAAACGUCGACGUCGUCGAUGCCUUCCAGCCACCAGUCAUCCCGCUUACGCCUGCCGGCGCCAAUCUCAAUCCUCCGGAAGUGCAACUCUUAACCGCAGUCGGCCUAUACAACGCGCACCGGUCACAACAGUCAUCAGCGUUCUCAACACCUACGCUCGCGGACGCGCCGGUAAACUCCGACUACGGAUAUUGGAACGCGCCGGAGGCACAGCACUCACCUUCUGGUGUUAGCUUCGAGCCACACGAGCUACCGUACACGACCACCACCGAGGAUGAUCACAGCACCGAACACAACUCGUUCUGGCCUGAUCGGAGCCCCGUUGCUCAUCGCGACUACCACUCUGACAGCGGCGCGCCGCUGAGUAUCGGCUCCGGUGGGUUCGCCAAUGCAUUCGCCAUGCCCGCAUCGGCUUUCGCUUCCACCGAACUCGCCGGUUCUUCUCAGCCGGACAGUGAUCAAGAGGUCUCUGAUGCGCUCAAGCGUGACGGGUCGGCCGACACAUCCGAAACUGCGCAUAGCGAAGGACGUUCGCAGACGAUUGACCCGAGCGUCUUGGGCGGUCCUCUUCCAUUCGCGCCUACGACUGAGGAAGAAGAGUCUCCCAUCAAGAGUCGAUCGCCGAGCCCCAGGAGCUCGGAGGUCGAGAGCGAUCCUGAGGUCGAUCCGCCUGUAGUCCAAGAGCACUCGGAUGACGAUGAUGACGACGACGAGUUCAAGCCAGGGAAGAUGCAGGUCGGGCCGCCGAAACGACGCCAAACUGCGCGCACGCCGAAGCCCACUCCAAAGGCCAAAGUCAUCACACCUCACAAGUCCGCGAGCUCAGCAUCUUCCAAGUCAACGGGCAAGGGUAUUCCGCUCGACCCGACCGGACUGUUCAAGUCGGGAAGUCGCAGUAUCGUAUGGCCCAAAGUUGGGAUCGAGCGACGUUGCCAUCAGUGUCGACGUGCAACCUUUCGCCGGCAUGCUCAGUGCAAGAGCGGCAAGUCGAGGGGCAACCAUAUCUGCACCUAUCUCUACUGCGAGGGGUGCUUAGUGACUCGUUACGGCGAUAGAUUCCUCGGCCUCUCGUACGACAAGAAGGAUAAGUUUCAGUGCCCCGCCUGCAACGAUACCUGCAAUUGCACGCAUUGCACACGCAAGCGAGGCGAGGCGUACGUCGGUGUCAGGACGAAGGAUGACCCCAAUGCUAUCCCCACGCCCCAACCCUCCCGAACGGCGAAGAGCGCGAACUACGGGCCCAAGAGCGUCGUAUCGAAACGCAAGCACGCCGAACAGCAUGAUUCGUCCGCCAGCCCGGCACCACGCCCGCUUCCGAAGCGCAUCCGCCUCAUACUUCCCAAACGUCCUAAGACGCCGACGCCGUCUGAGCCGUGGGUCGCGCCGAAGAUGACCUAUGAGUGGCCCGCGGGAGUGAAGACGGAACUGUUUGCGCCAGAUGGCUACCCUUGUGGCUAUAUGUGGGUCAACGAGGAGGGUCAGUGCAUGACCACGUAUACGCGCGAGGUCGUCCUUCCUGGCGUCGACGCCGACGGCGAUCUUUACUGGAAUGAAGACGACGUCGAGUCUUCUUCGAGCUCCUCAUCGGAAGACGAAGAAGAUGAGGACAGCGAGUAUGAAGAGUCGCCGGUCCCUCCGCCCCGUCCUAAGCGUGUUCGGCGCGUGCGCUUUUAUGCGGGUGCGCGUCCUCUUCCACCGCCUACCGUCAAGAAGCUUUGGUUCCCGCAAUCGCGCAAGUUCAAGUUCAGCCCUGAGGAACCCGACUUCGCCGGCCAGCAGGGUGCGUACGUCGGCCAGCGCCCGCCGAAGGUGAAGGAGGGUCCAUUGAGCCCGGAGGUGCUCAAGUUUCUGGAGAAUUACAAGUUCUCCGAUACGGAUGGAGAGGAUGAUGCGGAGGACAGCGCGGAGGACAAUGCGGAGGACAUCGUAGGAGACACACAUGGCGAGAGCGCUCAAGUGACGCUGGGUGACGAUGCGCCUGUAGCGCUAGCACCUGCGCUUGCGCCCGAACCCAAUGCCCAUGAACUCGACGACGAACACGGUCAAGACAGUGCGCCUGAGAACACGGCCGCGCUUGAGCUUGAGCCCGCGCCUGAGCCCGCGCCCGACGCCCAGCAUCUCGAUGACGAAGACGACGAAGAUAUUCCACACCUACCUUCGCCCCCGCGUUCGUCCUCGCUCGACCCAAUCGAGCCGCUUGAGGUACACGCUCCCGCUCCCGUACCGGCCUCCAACGCGCCCGCCUUCGCCGCCAUCCUCCAGUCGGCUCCGGCAGAUGCUUCCGUGUCCCUUUCCCCAUCGAGCAUUGUAGCUGAAGUCUACGCUACGUCCCGAAAAGUGAUCGCCGAGUCCGUCUCUGAGCUGGGCACGCUUGUGGACCUUGACUAUAAUUCGGACGAGGAGAAGAGGCGGUCCCCCAGCCCAUGGCCGAACCAAGUCCUUCCCCAGCCGCUCGCCGAUAAAGGUCCUUCACUGCCUGCAGAGGUUAACGGCCUCCCCGGUUUCACGAACUAUCUCAAUCGGUAUGGCUCAUCCACUCCGGGUUCAACCACUUCGUAA